GACCACGUGACCGGCUGUGGUGCGGACGUGCAUGGCGCCUGACAACUGCGCCGCCCGCCGGAACUAACCUUCAGUAACACUAGUGACUGCACGCGCUUGGCCACGACCCGCACAUUUUACACAGCUUCAGGCAGCUUAGAUGGAUGUGAUUCAGAUAAUCAGUUAACAGGAGGACAAAUUUGAGGUUUGCUAUGGAAGGAGAUUGUUCAUCAGAGGGAACUGCUGUUCCAAGUGCUGUUUCUCCAAAUGAAAGUGUUCCAAAAAAACGGCGAUGGGGAAGGGAUUACAAAUCCAAAGUAUGUUAUGGCACUGGAUGUUGGCACUUCAGUCCUUCGUUGUCACAUCUACGACAGCCAUGGAUUUAUCAUAGGAGCCAGCAGCAGGAAACUGGAGAUUGAACAUCCAAAGCCAGGCUGGUUUGAAAUUGACCCUUUCAAGCUGUUUGAUGAUUCUUGUGCUGUCGUGAAGAGCAGCUUAGCAGCUGCAGGCCUUCAGGCCAGUCAGGUUACCAGCAUGGGCAUAGCCACACAGCGCAACACCUUUGUGACAUGGGACAGGGAGACAGGGGAAGUCUAUCACAAGAUGAUCACCUGGCAGGAUCUGAGGGCAUCUGAAGCGGUUGCUUCAUGGAAUUCAUCUUAUACGCUGAAGGCUUUAAAUAAGAGUGCUAAACUUCUCCACUUCUUUACACGCCGUAACAGGCAUAAAGCUGCUAGCGUCCUUAAAUUCAUGUCCAAGCAGGUUACAAUGCGUUUACUGUGGGUGUUGACAAAUAUACCCAAUGUCAAACGGCGUGCAUUUGAGGGCAAUGUGAUGUUUGGAUGCAUUGAGACUUGGCUACUUUGGAAACUGUCUGGCAAGAAGUUGCAUGCUACAGAUUACUCAUGUGCCAGCACAACUGGCAUCUUUGAUCCUUACUCAAUGGAGUGGAGCCCUAUAGUCUGUGGUCUUGUGGACAUUCCCAUGUCUAUGUUACCAGAGAUCAGAGACACAAGUGGUGACUUCGGCACAACAGAACCUGACCUGUUUGGAGCACCCAUUCCAAUAAAGUCACUGGUGGCUGACCAGCAAGGGUCGAUGUUUGGUCAGUGCUGUUUUUAUGUGGGUGAUGUAAAGUGCACAAUGGGAACGGGAACAUUUAUAGAUAUGAACACUGGCAAGAUCCCACAUGCGUCCAUAGCUGGUCUUUAUCCCCUUGUGGGCUGGAGCAUUGGAGGAAAAGUAACCUAUCUGGCUGAGGGGCAUUCAGCCGAUACAGGAAACGUAAUGGGCUGGGCAAAUUCAAUAGGGCUCCUUGAUGAUGUGACGCAGAGCAGCAGUCUUGCAGCUUCUGUUCCAGACUCUGGUGGGGUGUGUUUUGUACCAGCAUACAGCGGUUUGCAAGCACCUGUGAAUGAUGACAAGGCAUGCACUUCUAUCUUUGGCCUAAAACUUGGUACAACUAAAGCUCACCUGGUGCGGGCUAUGCUGGAAUCCAUGGCCUUCAGAUUUAAGAUUCUCUAUGAAACCUUCAUCACCGAAACCAAGAUUCCACUCUCAUGCAUAUGUGCUGAUGGAGGUGUUUCCACCAACGACUUCCUCAUGCAACUUAUGGCAGAUGUCACCAACCAGUCAAUAGAAAGAUCAGCUGACUCAGACAUGACCAGCCGUGGGGCAGCAUUCUUGGCUGGACUAGCAUCUGAUGUAUGGAAAUCCCAGGAAGAGCUUAAGGCCAUGAGAAAGAUUGACAAAGUUUUUGAGCCUGCUGACACAUGGAGCAAGGUGCGCUCUUCUUUCUACCUGUGGGAGAGAGCAGUAUCUCGUUCACUGAACUGGUAUCGAUAAUAUUAGCUUUGUGGAGGUGUGUGUAGUCAGUGGUGGUGUUAAUUUAUUUUAUACAUUGGACAACUGUGUGUGAUUGUGACAAGAAUGUAAUAGUGUCUUUGUAUGUCUUGUAAAACUGUAAUCACAUGGGCCAUUUUUCACACCACUGUAAAAGUGGAUCUGCCCAUGUGGUUGAGCAGUCAUUCCAUAUCCUAAUUUUUAGGUCAUAAAAAUUUAGUAUUUUAAGACUAAUGAAUGUACAAGUUUACAUUAGGUUUCAGGACUAAGAAUUUUAAGCAGGAAUCUUUAUUUUGUAACCAGGCAGUGCACAGCGAGUUUUACACGUUUUAUUUCAGGCAGCAGAAGAUCAUAGGUUUUAACUCUAAGAUAAAAUAAAUGUAUGUGAUAGGAAACACAAACAGUUUAAAGAGUGUUCCUGUUUGUUAUUUUAUUUUUAUUAUCUCAAUCAAAAGCUAUCCCUGAACUUGAAAAUUCAAGUUCAGGAAUAGCUAGAAAUUGUGAUGUAUCUUUUUUCUGUCAACAGUUGUAAAGGUGUGAAAACAAUAACUUUUUCACUGUCAUGUAGGAUUUCAUGAUUUCUUAUCAUCAGUAACAUCAAGCUUUCUCAACAACAAGAACAGACCAACCCAUGAGUAAUCUUAAUUUCCAAGGCUUAAUUAAAAUAAUAAAAAGAAAACCAACUAGCAAUGAGGUAGUGAAAAUAGCAGCCACAUAGAAGAAAUCAAACAGCUAAUGAAAUAUCUGAACCACUUUGGCCAUGAAGAUCAUUGUUACAAGAGAUCAGUAGAUUGCUGUCAUUUGUCAGUUCUUUUUAUGAAACUGAUUUGCGGAUGGGGUGACUAAGAAUCACUUCGUAACAACGUCCAUUCAGGUCUAGAGUUUUUAGCAUGAAUAGCGAAGGGGCACAACUCACCUUCUACAAGCUUUGUUGACAAAUUUCCACUAUCACACAAUAAACUAAGGGGUAGUUAAGUGGGUGCGGGUAGAAACUUUAUCUAUUUACAGUGAAACCAUCCAGACUUUACAUUCUUUAAGGUGCAUAAAUUCUCUUUUUCUGUCCAAAGCAAAAUAGUUAAACACUAUAGAAAAAUCUGUAUGUUUAUUGCCUGACACUGAAGAGUAGCUACCACACUGACAUAGAACACUUAAGACAAAUAAUUAUGUUUAGCUUUCAUGAGUCAUAAACAUGUCAGCCCAAAGGUAGCAGAGCUGUACAAAACACCCAGAAACAAUCUGUGGUGGGGGACAAAACAAGCUUAACACACACGAAAUAGGUACUUCUAGUAUCACUAAGGACAUUAAAAAUUGCGGCCUCAAGGACAAUACCACAAAUUUCUUUCAUGAAAUGAUAAAGCUGUGCAUUCUAAGGAUAAAUACUUGCUUAGUGAAGGAGAUAGUCAUGAACUGACUGGUCUUCAAAAUCAAUUUUCAUUAAUCUGCUGGUGGUAGCCAAACAAACUUGAAAUGUGAGUUUUUCCAGAGCAGUUUUUCUAUUUCAUGUUCCACCGUUAAGUUAAUUAUCGCUGAAGCAAUGAAAGAUCUACUAGAAAUUGAAAACUUGCAUUUUUUCAUAACGUGCAUUUUGUUUUAGUUUACUUUUUUUUAUCACUUUAUGUAUCUGUAUGUGUCCUGAAUGAUUAAAUGGCACCCACAUAUAGGGAAAUUUGAAUUAUAGUAGAAUUUAAAUGCUUUAGAUAUCUUGAACAUGCAAUGUAUAUGUAUUUUCUGUCUCUUUAAGGCUUUGUGAAGAUCCUUUUUUUAAAGGAAAUUCACUUGCCUUAAAAACCUACUUUAUUUGCACAUAGUCAUAUUGUUUGCAACAUAACUGUAAAGUUUGGCAGCGUGUUUGAUAAUAAUCACAGAUUUUGGUACAGAUGUGAAAGGUGUGUGACAUUUUAGUCUCGGAAGUACCUACAGAUCUUGAGAACGAUUCAUAUUAUGAUUCAAUAAGCUGUGUGUGCUAAUUCUAAAAAACUUUUUCGAGGAUCUUUGCGACAGAAAAAAAGAAAUAUUGAUUACAAGAACCAUGAAGAAAGCAUGAUUACAUAUAUGCACUGACUGUAAUAUCAACACUGCUGAGUUCAGAAUAAUACAUGUUAAAAUAUUUUAUAUAUGAUCACACAUGGUUACUGCCUACAAUUUGUGAGAUUGUAUUCUAGAAAGCUCAACAAGAAAUGAUUAGUACAUUAUGAGCUAGCAGACAGGAGGAAGCAGCCAUCUGUUGUUACAAUUAUGUAACCAAGCUGUAGCAUCUCGUGCAGAAACCUAUUGCUGGUCAUCUGCUAAAGUUUAGGAAAGCAUUUGUUAUUUCUGACUUUUGAGUCCUGGUGACACAAGGGAUACUUAAGGAAUCAUGCUCAAGAGUAGAUUUAACUCAAUACGCAUGAGUUGACACAACUGAGCUGUGUCUAUGAAGGGUUCGCACACACAUUGGACAUUGGCCAGAUUGACAUUUGUGUGGCGCAGCAUACUUUUCCCAAUUGACUCAGACAUUGAGUACCUCUCUAGAAUGAGUUGGGGAAGGAAAUGCAAUGAGAGAGAGUGAAGAUAGCAACCCCAUUUACUAAAAAUACUGGCUUCUAUGACUGAAAGAUUAGACUAUCCUUAUCUAUUUUGAAAAGCCUAGUCUGUAUAGCAAGUUGUUCGUACAGUCAGAAAAUCAUCUAAAUACAAGCACUCAGGGCAUUAUAAAUACUAUGCAAUCCUGAGAAUUCUCUUUGAACUCAUUGUGGCCAUAUUAUUUAAAGCCACCUCUUUGUGACUUCUUCAGUAUUAUUUUGCACAUGUGAGAUAUAAAAGAUUUGUAGCACUACAGUGCAGAUGUUAUUAAAAUUGCUUGCAUGGUACUUUUUUGUAAUGUCAUACCAGGACAGAGAUAUGGGGAUGACUACUGAAGUUUUGAAUUAGUUUAGACACUACUUUUUUUUUUCAAUUUUUCCAUGUUGCUCCUUUUAUCACCCAACCUGUUUAUUAUUCAUUUUUCUAGGAAAUUUUUCAUAGAUCUACAAACUACUCACUAUCACUGUGCAAGGAAAAGAACUCUGGAUAAUGUUAUGUUGCCUUUGCAGACAUUUAUAUUGAUUAAAGUCACACUUCAUGUCAUAGAAAAUUGUGCCUUGACUAUAUCUUACCUAUAUCUUUGCCAUCAAAAUAUCUUGAUGUUCAUGGCAAUGGAACAAUUUUGCUUGCAGCCAGGAGAGAAAACUACAUCUCAUUGCUAGCAUCCUUGUUAAAGGACUAAAAAUACAGACAUUUACAUUUUCCAGUGGUUUGAAAUGGUUUUUUGUCGACCAUGUUUCUUCAGAUCCAGGAUAUUCAGUCCUGUGCAGUCUUGUAAAUUUUCAGAUAACCAAAAUGCCUUAGUCUUAAAACAGGUUGCCAUCAGCAAUAAACAAGUGACUCCCAGUUUCCAGUCUGUUAAAAUGUUUCCUUUUACAUGUUAAAAAAUGUUUUAUAUUUUUGUAUACACAUUAUACCAGAGUGCUUUACUAUUGUUACAGUCCAUUGUGAAAACAUUGUUGAUUUUGAUCUGUCCUGGUCAUAUUCCAUUUGUAAAUAUACAGAGAUUUUUACUCUAUGAUAUCGUUACAUCAUCAGUUUUAUCAUAAAAAAAGUAAAAUUUUGGCAACAGUACUGUCGCAGGCUCUUACUAAUAACACUGAUUACUUGUCCUUUCAUUGACAUAUUUUUUUCCUUUUUUGUUGGCUUGAAAAUAUAUUUUGGUACUAUACUAUAGACUUGAAUUUCUGAAAGGUUAUGCAAAAUGUAUCAAUAGUCUUUGCUACAGGUUAUUUGUAAUUAUCAAAAGCUUCCAUCCAUCUUUGUGGGCAUUGACACUGGAACUGUUUUUAAAUGAAAGUUAGGACUAUACGUGGAUAAUUAGUGCCGGCCCUUACAAGUCACAUGACAAAGUACUGAUUUUUUAACUUGUUAGAGUUUGUAACAUCAGUGUAUGUCUAAUGAAUGUGUAAAAAUUUGAUUACAUCUAGUCAGAGAUAUAUUUUGUGAUUGGCAGAUGGUGUUUGCCCAGCUGUAAUUAUGUCAGUUAUAUGGGGUGCACAUUAUUAUGGAAAAUUAAAAUACAAUAUUUAUAGUGUU